AAUCUCACUUUUUCUCUCCGCCUCUCUCGUUCUUCAAUCUUCCAUUAGCGGGCUUGUGACUACCGGCGCAUUUUAGCCAUUUCCGAGUAUUCAUAUUCAAAUUCAAAUUCAAAUUCAUCUACGAUGUCUUACUACUACGCCGGGUGCGCAGAUCACCAUCAUCAGGAACCUCACUUUCUUGAUGCAUGUUUUCUUUGCCGGAAACCACUUGGUUAUAACUCCGACAUCUUCAUGUACAGAGGAAACACACCUUUUUGUAGCAAAGAGUGCAGACAAGAACAGAUAGAGAUAGAUGAGGCGAAGGAGAAGAGCUGGAAAAGGUCGUCUUCAUCAUCUAUCAGAAAAACAGAAUCUAAGAAUUCUACUACACCCAACAAAACUGUACGGACUGGAACAGUAGCUGUGGCUUAAGGCUUAAGACUUAAACCAACGACAGUUGGCCAUGGAUGACAAACGCUCUAAAUUUUGUUUUUCAUUUUCCCACGUAAUAGUAAAACCAUUAUGAUCCAGACUUCGAUCUGAAAGUGAAUGGUGAAUUGUGAGUGGGUGAGAGACGAAGCAAAACCAAUCCCAUAAUUUUGCUUCUUUUCUUUUUUUUUUUUGGAUUAAUGUUCAUAAGAUUUAAGAGGAAGCAACGGUAGCGUCCUUGUAAGGGA